AUGGCCCCGAGUAAAAAGAAACAGAACCCGGGUUUAGAGGGCGUUUACUUCCACUGUCAUUACCGGCGGCAGCAGAGCUUCCGCCGCCGCUUGCUCCACCGCUCCGCUGCCGCCUCCGGCUGCUUGCUUCUUGUUCUUGCCGCCGUAUCGUUUUUCUCUCAGCCCGUCACAAACCAUCUUAAAACCUCGAUAAUCGAUGCUGUUGUUGUCGCGUAUAUCUUGAAUGCUACCUUAAUCGUGCCGAAGUUGGAUCAAGAAUCUUUCUGGAAUGAUUCUAGCAAAUUUUCAGAUAUCUAUGAUGCAGACUGGUUCAUGAAGUACCUGUCGAAAGAGGUGAAGAUUAUAAAAGAACUCCCUGAUGAAAAGUCAUGGAAAGUUGUAACAACUCGUGUACCUAGAAAAUGCAAUCCGAAAUGCUACCUAUCUCGUGUUUUGCCCAUGUUUCAAAAGAAGAAGGCAGUUGAGCUUACAAAGUUCGAUUAUAGGCUCUCUAAUUGGCUCGACGAGGAUCUGCAAAAACUCCGUUGCAGGGUUAACUAUCAUGCUUUGAGGUUUAACAAUCCCAUUUUUGAGAUGGGAAAGAAAUUAGUCGAGCGGGUGAGAAUGAAGAGCAAGCGCUUUGUGGCGCUACAUUUAAGAUACGAACCGGACAUGCUUGCCUUCUCGGGAUGCUAUUACGGUGGAGGAGAAAAGGAAAUAAAUGAACUAGCCGCGCUUCGUACGAGAUGGAAAACUUUACGUUCAAUGGAUCCUGAGAGGGAAAGAAGGAAUGGAAAAUGCUUGCUAAGCCCGGAGGAAGUUGCGUUGUUGUUGAGGGCAUUGGGUUUUGGACACGAGGCCCAUAUAUACGUGGCGUCGGGCCAGAUUUAUGGAGGGAAAAAGGCUUUGGCGCCUCUAAAAGCUCUUUUCCCAAACAUCCAUACUAAAGAGACGCUUGCUAGCAAUCAAGAAUUGUCACGAUUUUCGUCACAUUCGUCACGUAUGGCUGCAUUAGAUUUCAUCGUUAGUGAUGAAAGCGAUGUACUCGUCACGAAUAAUAACGGGAACAUGGCGAAGAUACUUGCCGGUAGAAGGAGAUACUUUGGUCACAAACCGACAAUCCGCCCGAACACCAGAAAACUAAACGAGUUGUUUGUUAACCGGAAAAACAUGACUUGGGAUGAGUUCUCUUCACGUGUUCGAACGAACCAAAUUGGUUUCAUGGGAGAUCCAAGUGAGGUGAAUCGGGCCACGGAUAGCUUUCACGAAAACCCAUUUUCUUGCAUAUGUCAAAAUUUCGAACCAUUUUCAGCUAAUCAAAUUAGAAGCACUUCCUUAAGAAGUCAAGUGAUCCCGCCGGAAUACAAUCAAGAUUCAUCGGAAAUGGAAUAUUUCGAUGAUGAUUGA